AUGGAGGCUUAUCGCACAGCCGCUGGUCUCCAUCUAACACAGACCAAAUACAUUACUGACUUGCUUCGCAAGACUCUCAUGGCCGAAGCUAAGCCUGUUCCAACCCCAAUGGUGUCCUCGCAGGUUCUUACUCUCUCGUCUGGUGUUCCCUUGUCUGAUGGAACUCAAUAUCGUGCUACUGUUGGCAGCCUGCAGUAUCUCUUGUUGACUCGGCCUGACAUUGCUUUUGCUGUCAAUCGUUUAUCUCAAUUUAUGCACAAACCAACUACAGUGCAUUGGGAGGCUGUGAAGCGAGUGUUGCGCUACUUGGUUGGGACUGAAAAAAAGGGAAUUUUCUUCUCUGCUUCCACUCCUACCACACUUCAUGCGUACUCUGAUGCUGACUGGGCUGGCUGUCGCGAUGACUACUUAUCUACUGGCGGUUAUCUUGUCUACCUUGGUCGUCAGCCUGUGUCUUGGUCGUCGAAAAAGCAGAGUGGUGUUGCUCGUUCUUCUACUGAAGCGGAGUAUCGGGCUCUUACUGCUGCUGCAUCAGAGGUCAAGUGGGUCACCUAUCUCAUGUCCGAACUUGGCAUUCAGUCACCUGCUACACCGGUUCUGUUUUGUGACAACAUUGGUGCCACUUACCUCUCUGCGAAUCCCGUGUUUCAUUCUCGCAUGAAGCAUUUGGCUCUUGAUUAUCAUUUCGUACGUGAGCAAGUUCAAGCCAAGCAACUGCGCGUUGCUCACAUUAGUUCUGCAGACAACCUCGCGGAUGCAUUAACAAAGCCUCUGCCUCGUCAGCGCUUUGACACUCUAUGUCACAAGAUUGGACUCUGCAACCGACGUCCAUCUUGCGGGGGCGUAUUAGUAUAG